CGUCAAGUUCUGGAACGCUUAGCGAAUGAUUCGUUUGCAGAUAUAUUUUUGGAACCCGUUGACCGAAACGAUUUUCCGGAUUACAUGGAAAUCAUAGACACUCCGAUGGAUCUUGGUACUGUGCGGAGCAAGCUUCUGUCUCGCAAAUAUCAAUCUCCGGAACAAUUUGCACGGGAUAUGCGAAAGAUCUGGAACAACUGCAAAAUUUACAAUCAGCAUGGGUCCGCGAUUUGGUAUGUCGGAGACUACAUGUCGAAGCAAUUU